UCCUCCCCUUUCUUGCACAGGGACGGUCAGAGAGAGAGAGAGAGAGAGAUUGUUGAACGCAUUAAAUACAUAUUUGUGUGUGGCAAAAUCUUUUUUCGCUUUCGCUUGAACACCGCCACCCGAGAGGGAAGCCAGCACAGGCCGGCAUGGACUGUCCGGAGCCUCAGUGACGGGACACCGGGACACUCCCACAACUUGGACCGGGAGCGGGACACCGAGCGAAGGUACCUGGCCAUGCUGUGGCUCGGUCCCGUCUGGUACCUGGCUGCUCUCGUUUGGAUGCCCACCGUCCUCGGGGAACUUGCGUCCGCUCCGAGAGUCAAUCUGUCUUUCAAGGAGUUGGUCCAGAGCGGGACAGCGCGACCCCUGAACUUCCUGCUGGACAGUGGCGGAUUCCGCCUGCUGCACCUCGACCCGGACCAGGAGCGUCUGUACGUGGGUGCCCGCGACUACCUGCUGGCGCUCGACCUCCAGAACAUCAAUCGGGAGCCCCUCCUUAUACACUGGCCGGCGCCUGCAUUCCGACAGGAUGAGUGCCGGAUGGCUGGGAAAGGCAGGGAUAAUGAAUGUUCCAACUUUGUGCGCCUGAUCGAACCAUGGAAUCGCACCCACCUCUACGUCUGUGGCACCGGUGCCUUCCAUCCCGUCUGCAGCUUCGUGUACAGGGGCUGGCGGUCUGAGGAAUACAUCUUCCGCAUGGUCACGGGCAGGACGGAAUCCGGGAAGGGGAAGUGUCCCUUCGACCCCCGGGACGAGAGCAUGGCCGCGCUAGUCAAUGGAAAUCUGUAUGCUGGGGUCCACGUCGACUUUAUGGGGAUGGACGCAGCGGUAUUCCGCAGUCUGGGAGAUCGUCCGGCCAUCCGGACGGAACAGCACGACUCGAGGUGGCUUAAUGAUCCGAUCUUCAUCCACGCCCGGAUGAUCCCGGAUAGUGCAGACAGCACGGACGACAAGGUGUACUUCUUUUUCCGGGAGAAAUCGAUGGAAGCCGGGAGCCGACAGAUCUACUCCAGGAUCGGGCGGGUGUGCUUGAACGACAGCGGAGGGCAACGAUCCCUGGUCAACAAGUGGACGAGCUUCCUGAAGGCCCGCUUGGUGUGUGGGGUGGCGGGGGCUGAUGGCGUGGAGACCACCUUUGAUGAGCUGACCGACGUCUUCAUUCAGCCGACCCAGGACAAGAAGAAUCCAAGGGUUUAUGGCGUCUUCUCCACCUCGGGCUCCGUGUUCCGAGGCUCGGCUGUCUGCGUUUACUCCCUGUCGGACGUCCGGACCGUCUUCAACGGCCCCUUCGCCCACCGCGAGGGGCGGCACUUCCAGUGGGGGCCCUACACCGGCCGUGUGCCCUACCCUCGGCCGGGCGCGUGCGCAGGGGGCGCGUUCACGCCGAGCGUCCGGACCAGCAAGGAUUAUCGCGACGGCUUCCUCCACUUCGUGCGCAGCCACCCGCUGAUGUACAACGCGGUGCAGCCCACUCACGGCCGCCCCCUGGUGCUCAGGACCGGUACUGCCUACAGGUUCACUGCCCUGGCCGUCGAUCGAGUCGACGCGGUGGACGGGCGUUACGAGGUGCUGUUCCUCGGCACAGACCUGGGCACAGUCCAGAAGGUGGUCGUCCUGACGGAUUCCAAGGGCAAAAUGGAGGAAGUGACCCUGGAGGAGGUUCAGGUUUUCCGAACUCCCGCGGCGGUGAAGGACAUUCAGAUCUCCUCGAAACGACAGCAGCUGUACGUGUCGUCGGAGGUGGGGGUCACCCAGCUGUCCCUGCAUCGCUGCGGGCACUACGGCCGGGGGUGUGCCGACUGCUGCCUGGCGCGGGACCCUUACUGCGCCUGGGACGGGCGAGCCUGUUCCCGGUACAGCCCGGCUGCCAAACGACGGAGCAGACGGCAGGACGUCCGGAAUGGUGACCCCGUUCGUCAGUGCCAGGGUUUCCACAUGAAAGUGGGGAGGCUGGAUUCGAACACGGUUCAGUUCGGUGUGGAGGGGAGCAGCACAUUCCUGGAGUGCCGACCGCGAUCGCCCAGAGCCACAACCAAGUGGCUGGUGGAACGUCCUUCCGCCUCCCGGAGGAAACUGCUGGGCCGGGAGCCGCGGCUGCUGCGGACCGAGCUCGGCUUGCUGCUGCGCUCGCUGGAGCUCCGCGACUCGGCUGUCUACCACUGCAUCGCCACCGAGAACGGCUUCAGCCAGACCGUAGCCCGCCUCGAACUCCGGGUGCUGGAGCGGGCGGCGGUGGAGCCCGAGCUCCCGGGGCCGGGUCCCUUCCACCCCGCCGCCGCCGCCGUCGCCUCCUCGCCGGACCCGGGCCGCCGCCCCUCGGACGGAUCGGCCAUCGAACUCCUCUGCCAGGACUACUGGCGAGGGCCGCGCAGCCCUGCCCGGCCCAAGCGAAACACCGACGGCGGGGCCCGGGGCUGAGAUCCGCGAUCGCCGCCGACACUCGGUCCACGGAACGGCCGGAGAGCGGGGUCUCAGCCCGGGAUGUUCGACUGUGGGAGGGGUGGUCGUAGAGAUGGGGGCGCGAACACUCCAGAAACACAAACCCGGGGGCGUGGUGUGUGUCUGUAGGUGUCAACUGUCUCCCUGCUGCUCUCCCUCUCACACUCUCCUCCUCUCCCCGCUCCCCUCUCGCCCCCUGCCCCUCACCCAUCUCCUCUCCCCUCUCGCCCCCCGCCCCUCUCCCCUCUCCCCUCCCCUCUCGCCCCCCGCCCCUCACCUCUCUCUCCUCCCCUCUCGCCCCCCGCCCCUCAGCCCUCUCUCCUCCCCAUCCCCCUACCGCCCUCCCUCUCCCCUAAUUAUCGUCACCCGUCUCGUCAACUUUUCUCUUGCUCUUCUCCUGUGCCCCUCGCCGCUCUCCCGUUUGUUGGGAUCUUGCUGUGUAGUUCCCCACCACACGGUAAGGGGGAGGGGUGGGGGGUUGGAUUUGGGUUGGGCGGGGCGGCAGGAUUGGCUGUGAAGUUGCUGCUGUGGACGUGGCUGCACUCUGAUGGGGGGGGGAACCACCUGCCGAACAUCACCUGUCCACAAGGGGGCGCAAAGUCAGCUGAACCUCCCUCCUCCCACCAUUCCCGACAAUCCCACCUCCACGUGGAGAAUUCCGCAGGAGACGACAGUUUAAUAAUAAAUUAUACGGUUUUAAUUCUGGAGUUCACUUUUCUGUCUGUCCGAUGUUCUGAUCUCUGAGGUUCGCACCUUGGGUUUCUGUGCUUGAUGAGGGAGGGGGGAGGGUGCAAGGCUGGAAGCUCUAAGGGAGGGGGGCCCUGUGGUGAAUGAAUCACCCCUUGCCAUCCCAGGGUCUUUCCCCUUUCUGCAUGUCAGGAGUGUGACAGGCCAUUCAAUGCUUGCCCAGGUGGAAUUAGUCCAUGCACUCCACAUCCGCCACAUUAACCUUCCCCCUCCCCCACCCCUGUCUACAAGUCAGGAUUGUGAAGGGACGCUCCCCACUUACAGAGAACAGGCCAUUCGGCCCGCAAUAAUAUGCCGACCUUAAUACACAAGAUAAAUCUAACACCUCAAUUUUCCUGUCAUUCAUCUGAGUUUCGUAAAUGCCCGUAAUGUAUUUGCCUCUACCACCACCUUGGCUGAGAGGUUCAUGCAUUCGCUCCUCUUUGUAAAAUAAAUGUACCCCUGCCACCGCCCUCCCCCCCAUACUUUCCUCCAAUAACCUUAAAAUUAUGCUCAUACACACAAAAUGUUGGACCUGGAGGAACUCAUCAGGCCAAGGGUCCCGGCCCGAAACGUCAGCUGUUUACUCUUUCCAUGGUUACUGCCUGGCCUGCUAAGUUCCUCCAGCAAUUUGUGUGCUUCGCCUCCAGGCAGAAUACACCCCAAUCUACGACCGCCAAUUCUGAAUCCACGCGGCCAAGUUCCCCUGGAUCUCAAGCCUCCCGUCUUUUUGAAUGGGGAACCUUAUCAAAUGCCUUACUGAAAUCCAUAUACACAACAUCCAGUGUGGCUUGUCACUUCUUCAAGAACUCAGUCGGGAUCUUGAGGCACGAAGUAUCCCUCACAGAGCGAUGCUGACUAUCCCUAACCAGACUACGCUUCUCCAAAUGCUCGUUAACCCCGUCUCUCCAAUAGUUUGCCCACCGCUGACGUAAGACUCACCGUCUAUAAUUCCCAGCAUUAUUCCUACUCCCUUCCCUGAACAAAGGGAUAACUUUUGCCACCAUCCAAUCAUCUGCUUCUACUCCUGUGGCCAGUGAGGAGACAAAGAUCAUCUCCAAAGGCACAACAAUCUCUUCCCUCGCUUCCUGUACCAACCUAGGGUAUAUUCUGCCCUGUCCCGGGGAACUUAUCGAUGCGUUCCGGCACAUCCUCUUCCUUAACGUCGGCACGUUCUGACAACAUCAGCCUGUUGUCCUCGCCAUCAGCAAGGUCCCUCUCACUCGCGGUGGGUGGGUCCAUGAGCCCCUCGGUUAAGGGAACGGCGCGCAUAGCAUAAAAAAGGUUGGAAGCCCCUCUACCGAAGCAAAGUAUCACCCCAACCUCCUCCGACUCCAGGCACGUGUUGUCCCUGAUCGGUCCUACCCUCAACCUAGUCAACCCUCUGUUCUUCACACCUGUAGAACGCCCUGGGGCUUUCCUUAAAUGCACCUGGUUCUCAAACCGUUUUCUGCUUGUGGCCCUCUUGUGCCUCUCAUUUACCUCACCACCCCCCCACCACCACCACCCUCCGUAGUCUCCGUUAGUUGCUAAAGUUUUUUUUUGGGUCGACCGUACUAAUUAUUCUGAUAUACAGUUAAUAUUUAUGUUUUAACAGGUUGUAGGUAUUGUAUGUUAAAUAUAAUGUUUCGGGUGUAUAUGAAAAAUAAAACUAUUUCA